AUGAAGAUUCUUACCAAGGAAGAAGAAGCUAACCAUUACAAUGCCACUUUAAAGGGUGGUAUUGCAGGAGGUCUUCUUGGUCUCGCAGCGGGCGGAUCAGUACUCUAUCUAGCCAACGCCCGAUUCCAUACCAUUCGCGGUCUCACGAUCCCCAUGAAAACUUUCCUUGUCACAUCCGCGGGUACGUUCUCUGCCAUCAUAAGCGCUGAUCGCUCAUCUCGCGCCUACGAAUGGAACCGCGAUCCCGCGCGAAACUACAAAGACAAAUCCACCCUCCUUCUCGAAGAACAAAAGGCCAAUGAAACUAUCGCCCAGCGAUUCAAGGCAUGGGGAAAAGAAAACCGAUAUUCAAUUGUCACCGCAUCGUGGGUGGCUAGUAUGGGAGUGGCAUUUGGAUUAGUAUCGAAAAACAAAUACUUGACUGGGAAACAGAAAUUGGUCCAAGCAAGAGUGUAUGCGCAGGGAUUGACACUUGCAGUAUUGAUUGCAACAGCGGCAUUUGAAAUGGGGGAUGCAAAGAAGGGGACAGGAAGGUGGGAAACGAUUAUGGUGUUGGAUCCGAAUGAUCCGGAACAUAAACAUUUGAUCGAGAAGAAGAUUCAUCAUGAAUCUUACGAGGGAGAAGAUUUAUGGCGUGAUAUGGUAGAAACCGAAGAGCGCCGCAUAGAACAGCGCAAGAGGACAGCGGAAGAAAAACGCCACUCCUCGGGCAAAAUGGCCAAGGGCAAAGAAAACAAAGAUAAAAUCUCUAGCGAGAUGAAGAGUGCAGGCAAAGUAGCAUUUGCAGAUGCCAAGGAAAGAGAAGAUAAGAACCAGGCAGAACAAGCUGAAAAGGAAGCGGAUGCCAGGAAUGAAUCAGCACAGGCGGAACCACAAAUUAAUGGUAGGAAUCAAAAUUAG